CCUGGAGCGGGCACGCGGCGUCCCCGCGGCAGAGCGCAGGCAGCAUCUGGUCGCCGCUGGGUGCUCUGCUGCGGAGCGCGCCGCUCUCGGGACGAGCCCAGCUACCAGCGGCUGGAGUGAAGGAUGUUCUCCUCUGCGAAGCCCUACGAGAAUCAGCACUUCUCGGCCCUGAAGAAAGACUGCCAGCGGCAGAAGGUGCUCUUCGAGGACCCGCUCUUCCCCGCCACUGACGACUCCCUCUUCUACAAGUCACGCAUUCAAGGCAUCCAGUGGAAACGUCCGAAUGAGAUCUGCGACGACCCCUAUCUCUUUGUGGAUGGAAUCAGUUCCCAUGACUUGCACCAGGGCCAGGUCGGGAACUGCUGGUUCGUGGCAGCCUGCUCCUCUCUGGCCUCCCGGGAAUCUCUGUGGCAGAAGGUCAUCCCAGACUGGAAGGAACAGGAGUGGAAUGCCGAAAAACCAGAGAACUAUGCUGGGAUUUUCCACUUCCAGUUCUGGCGAUUCGGCGACUGGGUGGACGUGGUGAUAGACGACCGCCUGCCGACGCUUCACAACCAGCUCAUCUACUGCCACUCCAACGCCAAGAACGAGUUCUGGUGCGCGCUGGUGGAGAAGGCCUAUGCCAAGCUCUCCGGGUGCUACGAGGCCCUGGACGGAGGCAACACAGCGGAUGCACUAGUAGAUUUUACUGGCGGUGUCUCUGAGCCCAUCGACCUGAUCGAAGGGAACUAUAUUAACGACGAAGCCAAACGAAAUCUCCUCUUUGAGCGAGUGCUGAAGGUCCACAACCGGGGAGGGCUCAUCAGCUGCUCCAUCAAAGCCACCACAGCAGCUGACAUGGAAGCCCGCCUGGACUGCGGCCUUGUCAAAGGACACGCCUACGCCGUGACGGACGUGCGGAAAGUCCGCCUGGGCCACGGCCUGCUGGCCUUCUUCAAGUCGGAGAAGCUGGAUAUGAUCCGGAUGCGGAACCCCUGGGGGGAGAGGGAGUGGAACGGCCCAUGGAGCGACACCUCUGAGGAGUGGCAGAAGGUGAGCAAGAGUGAGAGAGAGAAGCUGGGGAUGACGGUGGAAGACGAUGGGGAGUUCUGGAUGACAUUUGAAGACUUCUGCAAAUAUUUCACCGACAUCAUCAAGUGCCGUCUCAUAAACACCUCCUACCUGAGCAUCCACAAGACGUGGGAGGAGGCGGUGAUGCGCGGGGCAUGGACAAGACACGACGAGCCCCUCAAGAACCGCUGCGGAGGCUGUAUCAACCACAAAGCCACCUUCUUGCAGAACCCCCAGUACGUGUUUGAUGUGAAAAAGGCAGAAGACGAAGUGCUCUUCAGCAUCCAGCAGAAACCAAAGAGGACCAGCCGCAAAGAGGGCAAAGGAGAGAACUUGGCCAUCGGGUUUGAGAUCCAGAAGGUUGAACUGAACCGGAAUUACAGGAUGCACACCGUGCAGCAGCAAGUGGCCACCUCCAUCUACAUUAACUCCCGAAGCAUCUUCCUGAGGACAGACCUGAAGGAAGGCCGCUAUGUCAUCAUUCCAACUACCUUUGACCCGGGGCACAUGGGAGAGUUCCUUCUCCGGGUUUUCACAGACGUGCCUGCAGAUUGCAGAGAACUGACCUUGGAUGAGCCCGCCCGCACCUGCUGGAGUGGAAUGUGUGGCUAUCCACAAGUGGUGUCCCAGGUCCAUGUCCUGGCAGCGGCUGGACUGAAGAACCAGGAUUCCCAAGGAGGAGCAGACCCAUAUGUGAUCAUAAAGUGCGAAGGGAACAAAAUUCGAUCUCCAGUGCAGAAAAACACCCAGGCUCCAGAGUUUGAUGUGAAAGGUCUCUUCUAUCGCAAGAAGGCAGGACAGCCCAUCAUUGUGCAGGUCUGGAACCAUAACAUUAUAAGUGACGAGUUCCUGGGCCAGGUGGCCCUAACUGGUGACCCCGAUGACCGUCUGUCACAGCAAACCCUUCAGCUCCAAGAUAAGGGGAACAAAAAAUCCAAUGGCAUUUCAGGAAGCAUUGCUGUGAGAUUGCUCAGCAGUAGCAAACUCACCAAUGUCUAGCUUCUCAAGGACUCUUCUUCUCGAGCCAUAUAUGUGAAUAUAAAAAAUAUAUAGUAACUAUGCAUGCAUCACACUUAAAGGGGCCAGUCUUAUGUUUUCAACGUUAAACAAGGUGCCUUUUUGGGAACCAAAAUGAUUCUUUUACUCACACGAGGCAUCAUUUGUAGCCAAUACUAAAGUGGUUCGUGCUGGUGUGAAAGCACUGGGCCUAUGGUACAUUCUGUGACAGCCAGAGUGGGAUGCCCUGAUGCUGUUUGUUUACAUGGGGGUGUCGCGCACCCCCAGAGAUGGGCAGGUUGGUCCCACCAAGCAAUAUGCCUUUUCAAUCUACCUGCUUGGUUUUAGACAACCGUAUGGAAAUUCAUCGUCACUGAAGUCUCCUUUAAUCACACAUCUGUGGAGGCAUCUGAGGAAAGUGGAUAACAGGUGAUGUAACUGUGCAUGGAAGUUUGUCUGCGUAGUGGGCCCAGGUUUGUACACUGGCUGUAGAGCAGCUGGAAGGAGAAAACGUGGGAAAAUGUCCCCAGUCUUUCCGAAACAGUGAAUCCCAUCCUCCUUGGGCAGUGGCCCCACCUUACCCGGCAGAGAUUAUGGCUGUGUGGUCUACCUUGCCAAGUAUCAACCCCCGUCUUUCAUUGAUAAUUGGGAGAGGGGGAAAUGGAAUAGCCAAUUUGACCCCUUUAACUAGUUUAGUGGUCCCCAGACUGUGGGGUUCGCCCCCCUAGGGGGGUGCAGAGGAACAUCUGGGGGGGUGUGGCGGGGCCUGGGCCAGCCCCCCAGGGGGUGGGGAGGGAGCGCCACCCAGCCCCGCUCUGCCCCCAGCUCUGCUCCAGCCCCAGGUCCAGCUGCCCGGACACUGUCUGGUUACUUGCAGUAACUGGCCUCUACCACCGGAGGCAGGAAGAGCAGCAGGUGCUGCUGCUGCUGGAGCUGAGAGGAGCACUCAGGGAUGGCUCCCUGCCCUGAGCAUGGCUACCCCUCCCCCGCCCUGCCCCAGUCACCCCCCUAACUCUGGAGCAUGGCUCCCCCUACCCCAUCCUGCCCCAGUCACCUCCCCCCAUCUCCAGAGCGUGGCUCCCCCUCCCCCGUCCCGCCCCACUCACCCCCCCACCUCCAGAGCAUGGCUCCCCCUCCCCCGCCCUGCCCCAGUCACCUCCCCCCACUUCUGGAGCGCAGCUCCCCCUCCCCCAUCCAGCCCUACUCACCCCCCACUUCCAGAGCGCGGUUCCCCCUCCCCCAUCCUGCCCCACUCACCCCCCCCCACCUCCAGAGUGUGGCUCCCCUGUCCUGUCCCACUCACCCCCCCUCCUCCCGCCACCUCUGGAGCACAGCUCCCUUUCCCCUGUCCUGCCCCACUCACCUCCUGUCCCCCCAAGGGGGUGGGGGGGAGAGGGAGAUGUAAUUGAGAAAGUUUGGGGACCACUGAACUAGCUCCUAGGGAGUCACACAAUACACAAACUAUCUUGUCUAUUUCUUAUAGUCAAGCAUGCCAUAAUGACAGGACAGAUGAGUUUUUACAGCCUUUUUAAUUUCAUCAUAUUGUAUCAGGACCAAAAUGUCUUAAUAUUUGUAAUCCUUUUAGGUCAGUUUUUCUUUCUCUUAAGAAACAAAAUGAUAGACGUAGGCUUUAUUCCCCCUCCACGGAAGAAUCUUUUCUUACAUCAUUUAUUUGGAUCUCUUUUUUAUUUUUAAAGCAGAUUUGGGAGGGGAGUUAUUGACAUUCCACUGUAAAUGUUGCUGUCUUUUCCGCUUCAGUAAAAUGAAAAGAAGUUUUUAAUUAAAUUAGUUUUGUUUGAUUUUGGGGGGACAGAUCAGCACUUUACAGUCAGCCUAGUUGGUCUAGGAGCUGUCUUUGAUUUAAUGCCUGCUAUUUCCAUCAAUUAUUUCAUUCCUCACAAAGAAUCCAGUAUUGCACUUUAUUACAUAAAACUUUGUGGCGUGUAUGUGUUAAAAUGGGCUGGGAGAAUGUCUUUGUAUACCAAAAGCAUCCAAGUGUCAUGCUGUACCAGAUCAAAGAGCAGUCCAAACAUGCAGUAAAAAAAAAAAAAAAAAAAAAAAAGAAGCCAAAAUUGUAGAGAUUGUACCUUCUAUAAAUAAAUUGCUUAUAUUUUAUUUGAACACCCUCAGUUCCAAAUAUCGUGGUCUUCCAAAACCCUUUCUCAAACCCAAGGGCUACUGUAUGGAUUGGGUUAUUCCGUUUUAGAUUCUUUUCAAUAAACUUCCAUUUCAAAUUGA